AUGGCAGAUUAUGCCACCUUAGUGAGUGCCAGAGGUUAUGUGAAAGCAUCUAUAACGAGAUUAUACAAUUUUGUGAAGUCUGAUGCCUUUGAUAAGGCUACGAAAUCGAUCCUUCUAGCCAAAAGGGAGCGACUUAUUUCUGCGUUCAAGGAUUACGAGGGCUACAACAUGAAAAUAUUAACUACAAAACCGCAAGGCCCCGAGAGCGCGGAAGAUGUCGGCGAGCAAGAAGAUAAGUACGUCGAGAUAUUGGCUAGAUUGAACGACGCCAUUGCGGCUUUUGAUAAAGAAAAUGACCAACUCAAGACUAACAAAGAAGCUACACUACCUCUGGCCCAAAUUAAACUGCCUAACGUGCAAAUAUGUACCUUUACAGGGAAAUAUUAUGGAGAGGGACGUGAAAAAACAGCCUACGUUGAUAGAAUUCCUAGAAUACAUGGAAAAGAGAGCCAUGGCACUGGAAACUGUAGACGGAGCUCAACAACAGUCGCCGUCGCCGGGCUGCUCUGCAAGGGCACCCGCUCCAAAGCCGCUGAGUGUCUCACCAUGUGCUGCGCAACCUCCUCCAUGCCCAUUCUAUCCUCCUGCCUGAUCAAGAGCUGCAGAAUGUGGACAGCGGCGCCGCUGCUUCCCCAGCUCCGUGCAUCAUCAGCACGCAAUUUGGCCAUAUAUUAGGAGGUACCAUAACUAAUACUCAAGUAAGUCAUUCUCAUUCACAAGAAAAAGUAUCACUCUUAUGCACUUCUUGUGACGAAAGCAUCAGCAAAACAAUGAAGCAGUUUUGGCAAACUGAGGAUGUGCCUAAAA